GCAUCAGGAGACGGCGUGCACGCACGCACACACACACACGCACAGAGCCGUCGUGGACGCGCACGGUCGGGGCCGCUGUUGCUAUGAUGCAAUGGCGACUGCGCCGUGGGAAGCGAGCGAGGAGUUGAAUGAGUUCCCUCCACAGUUGAAGUGAAGCAGCCGCCGACAGUCAGGAGGGACACCGUCAGUGCAUGAGGGACAGACAGCGGGGCUGCACACACACACACACACUACAUGGACGCACACAUCCAGGUGUGUCUGCUAGCCUCGCUGCUAGCCGUGUCAUGACGCUUGGAGAGAUUUCUCACACAUCUGUACGACGUUGCAGCGAGACGGGAGAAGCACCAACACCCUGUUUGCCCUCCCUAAGCCGAAACCAAGUGAGGAGGAGGGGUUGUUGUUUUUAAUUUUUUUUAUCCUUUUGUUGGUCGCAUUUUGUCUUUCUUCACCUGCUUCUCACUGGACCUAUUCGUACUGGACCACCAUGGCUGAGAGAACCUCCACCGGGUUGCUAACGAUGAUGUUGGAGCCCACGCCGGCUGUCGCUAUGACCCUGCCGGCGGAGGUCCGGGAGAAGCUGGCGGAGCUGGAGCUGGAGCUCUCUGAAGGAGACAUCACUCAGAAGGGCUAUGAGAAGAAACGAGGCAAGCUGUUGGCACCGUACAUCCCACAGAUACAAGGUGUAGAUCCUUCUCUGCAAAUUGACAACAGGAUCCAGGCCUCCACCCAAGCUGUUCUCCCAGGUUCCAAACACAACAAGUCCCGGGCAGCCAACACCCGGGAUGAACGCUUUAGAUCGGAUUUGCACACAGAAGCCGUCCAAGCAGCUUUGGCAAAGUACAAAGAGAGGAAAAUGCCAAUGCCCUCCAAGAGACGAUCUGUGUUAGUUCAGUCUUCUGUUGAAGCAUGCACCCCGCCAGACACCUCCUCAGCGUCAGAAGACGAGGGCUCGCUGCGCCGGCAGGGACGUCUGGCCACCUCCACGCCCUACCAGGGCCACGGCCACCCAGCCGUUGAGCACUGGUUUAACCGUGUCAUCCAGGGUUCGUCCACCUCAUCCUCCGCGUCAUCCACCUCAUCCCACCCGGGAGGGAGAUCCGUCACCACCACCAACACCACUGCCCACGCAGCCCUCAACGCCAACGCUGCAGCUACCGCACUGGCCGAUCUAAUGGCACACACCCAGCUAGAUAACCACUCAGCGCCCCCCGAUGUGACGGGGCUGUCGGAGCGCUCCUCGCUUCACACGGAGCGGCCCCAGGUGGCCUCGGUGCGAGGCGUUUCCCGGGGCUACAACCACCACACCAGCGUCAUGGAGACUGCAGAUGGCUGUGAGUGGAGAGGUGAAGGAUCCCUCAGUUUAAUGGAUGGUGUUCCAGUCAACAGUCGCGUCUCCUCCAAAAUCCAGCAGCUGCUCAACACUCUGAAGAGACCAAAGCGACCGCCGUUGCGAGAGUUCUUUGUCGACGACUUUGAGGAGCUUUUGGAUGUCCAGGAGCCAGAUCCCAACCAGCCAAAGCCAGAAGGCCAGCAGAUGAGUCCCCUGGAGGGAGAGCAUCACGGGGUGGUCAACAAGUGGCCUCCCUCCUUGCCAGCAGCCUUACAACGGUGGGGCACCACUCAGCCCAAGAGCUCCUGUCUGACGGCACUCGACAAUGCUGGCAAGCCCGUGUACACACUCACCUAUGGUAAAUUAUGGACCCGCAGUCAGAAACUGGCCUACACUCUUCUUAACAAGCUGAGCACCAGGAAUGAGCCUUUGCUCGUGCCUGGAGACAGAGUUGCACUUGUUUUCCCCAACAACGACCCAGUGAUGUUCAUGGUGGCCUUCUACGGCUGCCUCCUAGCAGAGUUGGUACCUGUGCCUAUUGAAGUGCCACUCACCAGAAAGGAUGCAGGCAGUCAACAGAUUGGCUUUCUGCUGGGCAGCUGUGGCGUCACAUUGGCACUGACCACCGACGCUUGUCAGAAAGGCUUGCCUAAAGCACAAACGGGGGAGGUAGCCACUUUUAAAGGCUGGCCGCGGUUGCUGUGGUUUGUGACAGAUGGAAAACAUGUUGUGAAGCCUCCGAAAGACUGGCAUCCUCCGAUACGGGAAGCCAGUAAUGACAUAGCCUACAUAGAGUAUAAAACCAGCAAAGAAGGAAGCACUAUGGGGAUAACGGUGUCACACUCAGCCAUGCUGGCUCACUGUCAUGCCCUCACACAGGCCUGUGGCUACACUGAAGCUGAGACCAUAACCAACGUCCUGGACUUCAAGAGAGAAGCGGGAUUAUGGCAUGGUGUUCUUACUAGUGUCAUGAAUCGGAUGCACGUGAUCAGCAUUCCUUACUCCCUGAUGAAAGUCAACCCUCUCUCCUGGAUACAGAAAGUUCACACAUACAAAGCACGAGUUGCGGUGGUGAAGUCGAGGGACAUGCACUGGUCUCUGCUGGCCCAGAGAGACCAGAGAGACAUCAGCCUGAGCUCCCUGCGCAUGUUGAUCGUAGCUGAUGGAGCUAACCCAUGGUCGAUAUCCUCCUGUGACGCCUUCCUAAACGUGUUUCAAGCACGUGGGCUGCGACCUGAGGUGAUCUGUCCAUGUGCCAGUUCUUCAGAAGCCAUGACUGUCGCCAUCCGCAGACCUCCAGAAAUGGGUGUUCCUCCUCCAGGGAAGGCGGUGCUGUCUAUGGGGGGGCUGAGCCACAGUGUGAUCCGUGUGGACACGGAAGAGAAACUGUCUGUCCUUACAGUGCAGGAUGUGGGACAGGUCAUGCCUGGAGCUGUGGUUUGUGUGGUGCGGGUGGAGGGGACACCCUAUCUCUGUCAGACAGAUGAGGUUGGAGAGAUCUGCGUGAGCUCAGGUAGCACGGGUGUAGCUUACUACGGCCUCCCGGGUAUGACCAAGAACGUCUUUGAGACCAUCCCAGUAAUGUCAUCUGGGGUUCCCAUCAGUGACAGACCCUUUACCAGGACCUCACUGCUGGGCUUUGUGGGACCGGAUAGCCUCGUGUUUGUUGUGGGGAAGAUGGAUGGGCUGAUGGUGGUCAGUGGACGGAGACACAAUGCUGAUGAUGUCGUUGCCACAGCACUGGCAGUGGAGCCCAUGAAGUUUGUGUACAGGGGGAGGAUAGCGGUGUUUUCCGUGUCCGUGCUGCAUGACGAGAGGAUCGUUGUCGUGGCAGAGCAGAGACCUGACGCCUCUGAGGAAGACAGCUUCCAGUGGAUGAGCCGCGUCCUUCAGGCCAUAGACAGCAUCCACCAGGUCGGGGUGUACUGCCUGGCUCUUGUGCCUGCCAACACGCUUCCGAAAGCUCCUCUUGGCGGCAUCCAUAUAUCUGAGACCAAACAGCGUUUCCUGGAGGGCGCCUUGCACCCCUGCAACGUCCUCAUGUGCCCUCACACGUGUGUCACCAACCUGCCCAAGCCGAGACAAAAACAGCCAGAAGUCGGUCCUGCUUCUAUGAUAGUGGGCAACCUGGUGGCAGGCAAGAGGAUAGCACAGGCCUGUGGGAGAGACGUGGCCCAGCUAGAGGACAAUGACCAGGCACGUAAGUUCCUGUACAUACAAGAUGUGCUGCAAUGGAGAGCUCAGGCCACUCCAGACCAUCCUCUGUUUCUUGUUCUCAAUGCUAAGGGCACUGUGGCUAGUACAGCUUCCUGCCUACAGCUGCACAAGCGGGCAGAGCGGGUGGCUGCGGCACUAAUGGGACGCCUCAACACUGGAGACCAUGUAGCACUCGUCUACCCGCCAGGAAUCGAUCUGAUUGCCACCUUCUACGGCUGCCUGUACGCUGGCUGUGUGCCAGUCACUGUCAGACCCCCUCACCCCCAGAACCUGGCGACCACCCUGCCCACCGUCAAGAUGAUUGUUGAGGUCAGUAAGUCGGUGUGUAUCCUGACCACUCAAGCAAUAAUGAAGCUGCUGAAAUCCAAAGAGGCUGCUGCUGCUGUGGAUGUCAAGAGCUGGCCAAUGGUGCUGGACACAGAUGACCUCCCCAGGAAGAAGAGUCCCCAGAUGUACAAGCCCCCAACCCCGGAGAUGUUAGCUUACCUGGACUUCAGUGUGUCCACAACGGGCAUCUUAGCAGGAGUCAAAAUGUCUCAUGCUGCCACAAGUGCCUUGUGUCGCUCCAUCAAACUACAGUGUGAGCUCUACCCCUCCCGGCAGAUUGCCAUCUGUCUGGACCCCUACUGCGGCCUAGGAUUCGCUCUCUGGUGUCUCUGCAGUGUGUACUCGGGCCACCAGUCGAUCCUGGUUCCCCCUCUGGAGCUGGAGAGCAACGCGUCGCUGUGGCUCGCGGCUGUCAGCCAGUACAAAGUGCGCGUCACCUUUUGCUCGUAUUCGGUCAUGGAGAUGUGCACCAAGGGCCUGGGUUCACAGACAGAAGCACUGCGGCUGCGAAACGUGAACCUCUCGUGCGUGCGUACAUGUAUGGUGGUAGCAGAGGAGAGGCCCCGCAUUGCACUCACUCAGUCUUUCUCCAAGAUCUUCAAGGACCUGGGCCUUUCACCACGAGCUGUCAGCACCACCUUCGGCUGCAGGGUCAAUGUGGCGAUCUGUUUACAGCCCAACAGGUUAGGGAAACUGGCUGAGCAGGGAACAGCUGGUCCGGACCCCACUACUGUCUAUGUGGACAUGAGAGCUCUACGACAUGAUAGGGUUCGCCUGGUAGAGAGAGGGUCACCACACAGCUUGCCGCUGAUGGAGUCUGGAAAGAUCCUUCCAGGAGUGAAGGUGAUCAUUGCCAACACAGAGACUAAAGGACCUUUGGGAGACUCCCAUCUCGGAGAGAUCUGGGUGAGCAGUCCCCACAAUGCCACAGGCUACUACACAGUUUAUGGCGAAGAGGCGCUGCACGCCGACCACUUUAACACCAAGCUCAGCUUUGGCGACACGCAGACUGUCUGGGCAAGGACGGGCUACCUGGGCUUCCUCCGGCGCACUGAGCUGACCGAUGCCAGCGGAGAGCGCCAUGACGCCCUUUACGUGGUGGGCUCUCUCGAUGAGACUCUGGAGCUGAGGGGAAUGAGGUAUCACCCGAUUGACAUCGAGACCUCUGUUAUCCGUUCUCACAAGAGCAUAGCUGAAUGUGCUGUGUUCACCUGGACCAACCUCCUUGUGGUGGUUGUGGAGCUGGAGGGAUCAGAGCAGGAGGCCCUGGACCUGGUGGCCCUGGUCACCAACGUUGUCCUGGAGGAGCACUACCUCAUCGUAGGGGUGGUGGUGGUAGUCGACCCCGGCGUCAUCCCCAUCAACUCAAGAGGGGAGAAGCAACGCAUGCACCUCAGAGACGGAUUCCUGGCCGACCAGCUGGACCCCAUAUAUGUGGCUUACAACAUGUGAGGGCCCUGCUGCAGGAGGGUUAUACCCCUCCACAUGGCUUAUCACACAAGAGGAGACUGCAGGACUGUAAAUACGGAGGCUCUUAAUUGAUGCAUCUGUCGAAAGAAAGCAAGCUGCCCUCUUCUUUCAGCUCAUGGAGUGGAAAUAUGAUAUAGAAACAUGGAUGCAAAACUUCACAGCAAAAUGGGGAGAAGCUCCAAGACAAAUAAGAUUGACACAAACCUCAUGUCUGUUUCUCCCUGUGAUUUCUUGCCUCAACAAAUUUUUUUAAAGGGCAUUCUGGUUUUGUUGAAGUGAGUUUUGUAUGUAUGAUAACGUCUGACUCCUUAAACCCAGGACACCCGAUAAGCAGUCCAGCAGGUGGUUAAGGUAUAAUACUACACUGUGCCAUUAACAUAAUUUACUUUUGUCAGUCUCCAAAUCGUGAAUGUUAGCUGUGUUUGCCAAACCCUUGUGCCAUAGAACAGGACAAACACCAGUACCAUAAUCCUGGUUAAUCAAGCUCUAACAUGUUUCAUGUUCACAGAGCCUCCUGUGUCAUUGCAGGUCGUGUGCUUUUCAUUCGAAAUGUUCUCUCUGAUCUCUGAUCAUUACAGCUGUGGGAGCAGAUUAUGGCUUGCAUUGUGAAGUGAACCCUAAUUUUUGUGUUUCAGAUUAUUGCAUCAACAAAGAAGCACACAGAAAUAUUGGAGGAGAAACAGUUAGUGUUAUUAUUAUUAUUAUUAUUAUUUUUAUUUUUGCUCAUUCCAGCUGUAGUGCUUUAGUUUGUAGUGUCAGUAACAGAAACCUUAGAAAAAAAAUGAUGUGGUUUGACUCAAUCUUGUUCUUUUCUAAAUCUAAAAUGUGUAAUAUAGUUAUUGUUUUAUCUAAACAACAUGCAAUAUGAGUGAUGUUGCUCUGAAUGACAGCAGACAGUAAGUGCCGAUCAUUUGAAGAGAUGCGAUGGCGAGGAAUAUAAUCGUUGCUUACUGUUAGCAACGUGCCAAAUGAUAUGAAUUAAGCCUUAAGUGUUUUUUCAGACGUCUGUUCCUAUCCCAGCUCCUGUUUAACUUAAUUUUGUGAAGUUUAUUAGCUGUUGGAUAGGGGAGGAAUAUGCAGAUGGAGGUUAGGUAUGGUAAAUCCUGCUCUUAUUGCACCCAAAGUCUUGAUCUAAGAUGAAUAUACUUGAUCCUAUCAGCCAUUACAAACACACACUUACUCCAUUAAUAUUUUUAAUAACGUCUGUCCCUUUUGUCGGUUGUGUCGAAUGUGUGUUUUAUAGCAAAAGACUGGAAGAAAUAGUAGCUGAUUUGGGUUUGAUGCAGAAUGUUAUAGCCUCAUUUCGAGUGCCAUAAAAUUGAAUGAGAGUUGAAAAAUGUUAGUUGCAUGUACUGUAUGAGUUAAGUGUCUAACAUGCUCAUAACACCACAACCUCCCGCUGUAUUUCACUGACUUUGUAAAGAUCCACUUCCCUGUAUGUUGCUUCUUUUUUUUCUAUGUGCACAUCCCUUCAGAAACAGGCUCUACAGCCUGCUGUAAGUAUGUACAGGUUUUUGUGUAAAUUAUUAAUAGAUGGAGGAGGAAGCAUAACACAAAGACUGAAUCUGAUAUAUAUGUCAACUUCUCCCUCACAGAUAAAAAAAAAAACUAUUUGAAAUGUAUCCUUUAUGUGUGGACAUUGGGAAGAGACAUGAAAAGCCUUGUAAACAUUUUUAUAGUAUGAAAGUACAGUGGGAACUGGCCACGAAGCACACUCCGAGCACAAGGAGAAGACCGUUAUGCUCCCGUGACUGCUGAGAUGUCACAUCCUCCAGAGCAAACUUUUGUUGUUAACAUAUGGAAAGAUACAUUUGUCUGAUAUAUGGUUAGUUGUCAUUAUUUUCAUAACAUGAUUUCUUAAUGAAUAAAAAAAGUCCUUUUAACUUGAAA